GUCUGCACAAGCUCUGGACAUUUUUCAGAACCAUUUCCCGAAUGUCCAAUUGUAAUGUGCAACGUAUCUUCGAUAGAAGAUCCCCUACUUUCCUCCUGUGUAAAUGGAGUUCCAGUAAACUACAGUCAAGGAUGCAAUUUUUCUUGUCAAACUGGUUAUGAACUGAUUGGGCCAUCGUCUGUUAAGUGCACAAGCAAUGGAAAUUUCUCAGAACCUUUUCCCGAAUGUCAGGUUGUGAUGUGCGCUGUUACUUCACUGGCAGACAAAGUAAACUCCUCUUGUACACCUGGCAGUCAAGUAAACUAUGAAGAAGAAUGUACCUUUUCUUGUUCAGCCGGUUAUGAGCUGAUCGGACCGUCAUCCGUUAACUGCACAAGCUCUGGAAAUUUCUCUCACUCAUUUCCCGAAUGUCAGGUUACUUGUGAGGUUUCUGAAUUUGGAGAAAACGUCAAUUCGUCUUGUACACCUGGUGAAGAGGUUGGCUUGAACCAAGCAUGCACAUUCUCUUGUCCGACUGGUUACAAUCUGACAGGCCAAUCCUCUGUCACAUGCACAAGCUCCGGAAAUUUCUCGGAUGCAUUUCCCCAAUGUCAGAUUGUGAUGUGCGCUGUUACUUCACUGGCAGACAAAGUAAACUCCUCUUGUACACCUGGCAGUCAAGUAAACUAUGAAGAAGAAUGUACCUUUUCUUGUCCAACCGGUUAUGAGCUGAUCGGACCGUCAUCCGUUAACUGCACAAGCUCUGGAAAUUUCUCUCACUCAUUUCCCGAAUGUCAGGUUACUUGUGAGGUUUCUGAAUUUGGAGAAAACGUCAAUUCGUCUUGUACACCUGGUGAAGAGGUUGGCUUGAACCAAGCAUGCACAUUCUCUUGUCCGACUGGUUACAAUCUGACAGGCCAAUCCUCUGUCACAUGCACAAGCUCCGGAAAUUUCUCGGAUGCAUUUCCCCAAUGUCAGAUUGUGAUGUGCGCUGUUACUUCACUGGCAGACAAAGUAAACUCCUCUUGUACACCUGGCAGUCAAGUAAACUAUGAAGAAGAAUGUACCUUUUCUUGUUCAACCGGUUAUGAGCUGAUCGGACCGUCAUCCGUUAACUGCACAAGCUCUGGAAAUUUCUCUCACUCAUUUCCCGAAUGUCAGGUUACUUGUGAGGUUUCUGAAUUUGGAGAAAACGUCAAUUCGUCUUGUACACCUGGUGAAGAGGUUGGCUUGAACCAAGCAUGCACAUUCUCUUGUCCGACUGGUUACAAUCUGACAGGCCAAUCCUCUGUCACAUGCACAAGCUCCGGAAAUUUCUCGGAUGCAUUUCCCCAAUGUCAGAUUGUGAUGUGCGCUGUUACUUCACUGGCAGACAAAGUAAACUCCUCUUGUACACCUGGCAGUCAAGUAAACUAUGAAGAAGAAUGUACCUUUUCUUGUCCAACCGGUUAUGAGCUGAUCGGACCGUCAUCCGUUAACUGCACAAGCUCUGGAAAUUUCUCUAACUCAUUUCCCGAAUGUCAGGUUACUUGUGAGGUUUCUGAAUUUGGAGAAAACGUCAAUUCGUCUUGUACACCUGGUGAAGAGGUUGGCUUGAACCAAGCAUGCACAUUCUCUUGUCCGACUGGUUACAAUCUGACAGGCCAAUCCUCUGUCACAUGCACAAGCUCCGGAAAUUUCUCGGAUGCAUUUCCCCAAUGUCAGAUUGUGAUGUGCGCUGUUACUUCACUGGCAGACAAAGUAAACUCCUCUUGUACACCUGGCAGUCAAGUAAACUAUGAAGAAGAAUGUACCUUUUCUUGUCCAACCGGUUAUGAGCUGAUCGGACCGUCAUCCGUUAACUGCACAAGCUCUGGAAAUUUCUCUAACUCAUUUCCCGAAUGUCAGGUUACUUGUGAGGUUUCUGAAUUUGGAGAAAACGUCAAUUCGUCUUGUACACCUGGUGAAGAGGUUGGCUUGAACCAAGCAUGCACAUUCUCUUGUCCGACUGGUUACAAUCUGACAGGCCAAUCCUCUGUCACAUGCACAAGCUCCGGAAAUUUCUCGGAUGCAUUUCCCCAAUGUCAGAUUGUGAUGUGCGCUGUUACUUCACUGGCAGACAAAGUAAACUCCUCUUGUACACCUGGCAGUCAAGUAAACUAUGAAGAAGAAUGUACCUUUUCUUGUCCAACCGGUUAUGAGCUGAUCGGACCGUCAUCCGUUAACUGCACAAGCUCUGGAAAUUUCUCUAACUCAUUUCCCGAAUGUCAGGUUGUGAUGUGCGCUGUUACUUCACUGGCAGACAAAGUAAACUCCUCUUGUACACCUGGCAGUCAAGUAAACUAUGAAGAAGAAUGUACCUUUUCUUGUCCAACCGGUUAUGAGCUGAUCGGACCGUCAUCCGUUAACUGCACAAGCUCUGGAAAUUUCUCUAACUCAUUUCCCGAAUGUCAGGUUACUUGUGAGGUUUCUGAAUUUGGAGAAAACGUCAAUUCGUCUUGUACACCUGGUGAAGAGGUUGGCUUGAACCAAGCAUGCACAUUCUCUUGUCCGACUGGUUACAAUCUGACAGGCCAAUCCUCUGUCACAUGCACAAGCUCCGGAAAUUUCUCGGAUGCAUUUCCCAAUGUCAGAGUAAGAUUGGGAAGAAUGUACCUUUUCUUGUCCAACGGUUAUGAGCUGAUCGGACCGUCAUCCGUUAACUGCACAAGCUCUGGAAAUUUCUCUAACUCAUUUCCCGAAUGUCAGGUUACUUGUGAGGUUUCUGAAUUUGGAGAAAACGUCAAUUCGUCUUGUACACCUGGUGAAGAGGUUGGCUUGAACCAAGCAUGCACAUUCUCUUGUCCGACUGGUUACAUUCUGACAGGCCAAUCCUCUGUCACAUGCACAAGCUCCGGAAAUUUCUCGGAUGCAUUUCCCCAAUGUCAGAUUGUGAUGUGCGCUGUUACUUCACUGGCAGACAAAGUAAACUCCUCUUGUACACCUGGCAAUCAAGUAAACUAUGAAGAAGAAUGUACCUUUUCUUGUCCAACCGGUUAUGAGCUGAUCGGACCGUCAUCCGUUAACUGCACAAGCUCUGGAAAUUUCUCUAACUCAUUUCCCGAAUGUCAGGUUACUUGUGAGGUUUCUGAAUUUGGAGAAAACGUCAAUUCGUCUUGUACACCUGGUGAAGAGGUUGGCUUGAACCAAGCAUGCACAUUCUCUUGUCCGACUGGUUACAUUCUGACAGGCCAAUCCUCUGUCACAUGCACAAGCUCCGGAAAUUUCUCGGAUGCAUUUCCCAAUGUCAGAGUAAUUGUGAUGUGCGCUGUUACUUCACUGGCAGACAAAGUAAACUCCUCUUGUACACCUGGCAAUCAAGUAAACUAUGAAGAAGAAUGUACCUUUUCUUGUCCAACCGGUUAUGAGCUGAUCGGACCGUCAUCCGUUAACUGCACAAGCUCUGGAAAUUUCUCUAACUCAUUUCCCGAAUGUCAGGUUACUUGUGAGGUUUCUGAAUUUGGAGAAAACGUCAAUUCGUCUUGUACACCUGGUGAAGAGGUUGGCUUGAACCAAGCAUGCACAUUCUCUUGUCCGACUGGUUACAUUCUGACAGGCCAAUCCUCUGUCACAUGCACAAGCUCCGGAAAUUUCUCGGAUGCAUUUCCCCAAUGUCAGAUUGUGAUGUGCGCUGUUACUUCACUGGCAGACAAAGUAAACUCCUCUUGUACACCUGGCAAUCAAGUAAACUAUGAAGAAGAAUGUACCUUUUCUUGUCCAACCGGUUAUGAGCUGAUCGGACCGUCAUCCGUUAACUGCACAAGCUCUGGAAAUUUCUCUAACUCAUUUCCCGAAUGUCAGGUUGUGAUGUGCGCUGUUACUUCACUGGCAGACAAAGUAAACUCCUCUUGUACACCUGGCAGUCAAGUAAACUAUGAAGAAGAAUGUACCUUUUCUUGUCCAACCGGUUAUGAGCUGAUCGGACCGUCAUCCGUUAACUGCACAAGCUCUGGAAAUUUCUCUAACUCAUUUCCCGAAUGUCAGGUUACUUGUGAGGUUUCUGAAUUUGGAGAAAACGUCAAUUCGUCUUGUACACCUGGUGAAGAGGUUGGCUUGAACCAAGCAUGCACAUUCUCUUGUCCGACUGGUUACAAUCUGACAGGCCAAUCCUCUGUCACAUGCACAAGCUCCGGAAAUUUCUCGGAUGCAUUCCCCCAAUGUCAGAUUGUGAUGUGCGCUGUUACUUCACUGGCAGACAAAGUAAACUCCUCUUGUACACCUGGCAGUCAAGUAAACUAUGAAGAAGAAUGUACCUUUUCUUGUCCAACCGGUUAUGAGCUGAUCGGACCGUCAUCCGUUAACUGCACAAGCUCUGGAAAUUUCUCUAACUCAUUUCCCGAAUGUCAGGUUACUUGUGAGGUUUCUGAAUUUGGAGAAAACGUCAGUUCGUCUUGUACACCUGGUGAAGAGGUUGGCUUGAACCAAGCAUGCACAUUCUCUUGUCCGACUGGUUACAAUCUGACAGGCCAAUCCUCUGUCACAUGCACAAGCUCCGGAAAUUUUUCGGAUGUAUUUCCCCAAUGUCAGAUUGUGAUGUGCGCUGUUACUUCACUGGCAGACAAAGUAAACUCCUCUUGUACACCUGGCAGUCAAGUAAACUAUGAAGAAGAAUGUACCUUUUCUUGUCCAACCGGUUAUGAGCUGAUCGGACCGUCAUCCGUUAACUGCACAAGCUCUGGAAAUUUCUCUAACUCAUUUCCCGAAUGUCAGGUUACUUGUGAGGUUUCUGAAUUUGGAGAAAACGUCAAUUCGUCUUGUACACCUGGUGAAGAGGUUGGCUUGAACCAAGCAUGCACAUUCUCUUGUCCGACUGGUUACAAUCUGACAGGCCAAUCCUCUGUCACAUGCACAAGCUCCGGAAAUUUCUCGGAUGCAUUUCCCCAAUGUCAGAUUGUGAUGUGCGCUGUUACUUCACUGGCAGACAAAGUAAACUCCUCUUGUACACCUGGCAGUCAAGUAAACUAUGAAGAAGAAUGUACCUUUUCUUGUCCAACCGGUUAUGAGCUGAUCGGACCGUCAUCCGUUAACUGCACAAGCUCUGGAAAUUUCUCUAACUCAUUUCCCGAAUGUCAGGUUACUUGUGAGGUUUCUGAAUUUGGAGAAAACGUCAAUUCGUCUUGUACACCUGGUGAAGAGGUUGGCUUGAACCAAGCAUGCACAUUCUCUUGUCCGACUGGUUACAAUCUGACAGGCCAAUCCUCUGUCACAUGCACAAGCUCCGGAAAUUUCUCGGAUGCAUUCCCCCAAUGUCAGAUUGUGAUGUGCGCUGUUACUUCACUGGCAGACAAAGUAAACUCCUCUUGUACACCUGGCAGUCAAGUAAACUAUGAAGAAGAAUGUACCUUUUCUUGUCCAACCGGUUAUGAGCUGAUCGGACCGUCAUCCGUUAACUGCACAAGCUCUGGAAAUUUCUCUAACUCAUUUCCCGAAUGUCAGGUUACUUGUGAGGUUUCUGAAUUUGGAGAAAACGUCAAUUCGUCUUGUACACCUGGUGAAGAGGUUGGCUUGAACCAAGCAUGCACAUUCUCUUGUCCGACUGGUUACAAUCUGACAGGCCAAUCCUCUGUCACAUGCACAAGCUCCGGAAAUUUCUCGGAUGCAUUCCAAUGUCAGAUUGUGAUGUGCGCUGUUACUUCACUGGCAGACAAAGUAAACUCCUCUUGUACACCUGGCAGUCAAGUAAACUAUGAAGAAGAAUGUACCUUUUCUUGUCCAACCGGUUAUGAGCUGAUCGGACCGUCAUCCGUUAACUGCACAAGCUCUGGAAAUUUCUCUCACUCAUUUCCCGAAUGUCAGGUUACUUGUGAGGUUUCUGAAUUUGGAGAAAACGUCAAUUCGUCUUGUACACCUGGUGAAGAGGUUGGCUUGAACCAAGCAUGCACAUUCUCUUGUCCGACUGGUUACAAUCUGACAGGCCAAUCCUCUGUCACAUGCACAAGCUCCGGAAAUUUCUCGGAUGCAUUUCCCCAAUGUCAGAUUGUGAUGUGCGCUGUUACUUCACUGGCAGACAAAGUAAACUCCUCUUGUACACCUGGCAGUCAAGUAAACUAUGAAGAAGAAUGUACCUUUUCUUGUUCAACCGGUUAUGAGCUGAUCGGACCGUCAUCCGUUAACUGCACAAGCUCUGGAAAUUUCUCUCACUCAUUUCCCGAAUGUCAGGGUAAGUUGGACAUAAAAGCUUUGUAUCAUGCUAAAUAAUUGUCAAUUACCUAAUUAAGUAAGAAAGAGACUU